AACGCUGUUCACCUUCGUCCCAAAUCCUACCAGAGAUCACAGCUGUAUCCGAUUUUAGCCUCUUUACCAAUACCGUAUCCUACAUUGACAUCUGGCAAGCACGUGUGGUGCAAUUGCAUUCGCUUAAGGGACUCGUCCGAUUCCCGCUCCCCUGAACAUUUCCUCUUCAAGAAUACACACCUGGACCACAUUUCCCGCAACAAGAUCUCACGAUGCCGUCACUGCCUGUCAUGAACGGCUCCUCUAGCAAAGACAUCGAAGUCGAUGUCCUGGUCAUCGGUGCUGGACCAACUGGUCUUGGAGCCGCCAAACGUCUCCAUCAAAUUAAUGGUCCGUCAUGGUUGAUUGUCGACAGCAACGAGACUCCUGGUGGCCUUGCCUCCACCGAUGUCACCCCUGAAGGUUUCCUCUACGACGUCGGUGGCCACGUCAUCUUCUCCCACUACAAGUACUUCGACGACUGCAUCGAUGAGGCUCUCCCCAACGAGACCGACUGGUACACCCACCAGCGCAUCUCCUAUGUCCGCUGCAAGGACCUCUGGGUCCCCUAUCCGUUCCAGAACAACAUCUCCAUGUUGCCCAAGGACGAUCAGGUCAAGUGCAUGGACGGCAUGAUCGAUGCGGCGCUGGAGUGCCGCGUUGCCAACACCAAGCCGAAGGACUUCGACGAGUGGAUCGUUCGCAUGAUGGGCACUGGAAUUGCGGAUCUGUUCAUGCGUCCGUACAACUUCAAAGUCUGGGCGGUGCCAACCACGAAGAUGCAAUGCGCCUGGCUAGGCGAGCGUGUCGCUGCCCCCGACCUCAAGUCCGUCACCAAGAACGUCAUCCUUCAGAAGACCGCCGGCAACUGGGGACCCAACGCCACUUUCCGCUUCCCUGCUCGAGGAGGGACGGGUGGUAUUUGGAUCGCCGUCGCCGAUACGCUGCCGAAGGAGAAGACUCGAUUCGGCGCGCACGGGGUGGUUGAUAAAGUCGAUGCCGACAACAAGAAGGUGACCCUGCAGGAUGGCACCACCGUGAAAUACCAGAAGCUCGUGUCCACGAUGGCCGUCGACGCGCUGGUGGAGAAGAUGGAGGAUAAGGAGUUGGUGGACCUGAGCAAGGGCUUGUACUACUCGACCACCCACGUCAUCGGAGUUGGUAUCCGUGGCGAGCGUCCUGAGCGGAUUGGUGACAAGUGCUGGCUGUACUUCCCCGAAGACAACUGCCCCUUCUACCGCGCCACCAUCUUCUCCAACUACUCCCCCAACAACCAACCCGCCCAAUCCGCCCAACUCCCCACCCUCCAACUCGCCGACGGCAGCAAGCCCGCCACCUCCGCCGCCGCCUACGGCCCCUACUGGUCCAUCAUGCUCGAGGUCUCCGAAUCCUCCAUGAAGCCCGUCGACCAGGAUGCCCUCCUCGCCGACUGCAUCCAAGGCCUCGUCAACACCGACAUGCUCCAGCCCGCCGACGAGAUCGUCUCCACCUACCACCGCCGCUUCGACCACGGCUACCCAACCCCCAGCCUCGAGCGCGAGGGCGUCCUCAAGGAGCUCCUCCCCAAGCUUCAGGCCCGCGAUAUCCUGUCGCGUGGUCGCUUCGGCAGCUGGCGCUACGAGGUCGGCAACCAGGACCAUAGCUUCAUGCUGGGCGUCGAGGCCGUCGAUCACGUCAUCAACGGCGCCGUCGAGCUGACUUUGAAUCAUCCCGAUUUCGUCAAUGGGCGGAAGAACGAGGAGCGGAGGCUGUUGGAUGGCGCGCAGGUGUUUAAGAGCAUGCAGGGAAUCACGAAGGCUGCCGAGCAGGGUAGGCCUCGUGCCCCGACGGUUGGGAAGGCAUGAAACAUUCAACGAUGCAAAAGGAGAUGGUAGCUUGGUCCUGUAAUGGUUCGAUUCAUAGAAUACUGAGUUACCACCGAGGAACCGUACGGGCCCCUUGUUUUGGGGGCAUCAACGUGGGUGUUCCCCAGGUUUGGGGCGUCGGUCCUUUCGUUUGUCCCAUACACGUUUUCGACUUUCUUCCGCUGCGAGCGCGUCCGUUUGCACCGGGGUAACGUUCAUUUGACGGGAAAAGGGGGGAUGAGUGGACAUAGAGAAAAGAAAAAAGCGAAAUAAUAGUUGCGGUUUUGGCCGGUUUUGGCCCUGCCUUCAGAAUAGAUUUUUCGGCGGCUCUGGAACGCCGCCAAUACACUACCGUAGCUAGAUGCUUCAAGAAUGGAU